CAUGCGCCCCCCCGGAAGGAGCGCAGCUGAGGUCGAAUUGGAGGAUUUCUGAAGUCUCGGCUGAAAUAAGGCGAACAUGCCGGCGGACUUUGAGAAGGGAGCUUACCCGGAGCCUCCCCGGCAAACCCCGGUGGUGGACAAGCAGACAGCGCUGCCCAACCCGGCGGUGAUCCUGUCCAAACUCUUCUACUACUCCGUGGACCUGCCUGUCACCACAUUUAGAGAUGCUGUGGACAGCAUUCGCUCGAACAACAAGGCCGUGUACUACCACCAGAAGUUCCGCCGUGUCCCCGACCUGGCGGAGUGUGAGCAUGGAGAUUAUCUCUGCUACUACGAGGCAGAGAUGCAGUGGAGGAGAGACUAUAAAGUGGACCAGGAGAUUGUGAAGGUGGUCCAGGAGCGCAUGAGGGCCUGCCAGCAGAGAGAAGGACCCAGCUACCACCAGAACUGUGCUCCAGAGAUCCAGCAGUUCAACCAGACAACCAAUAACUUCCAGUCACGCUACGGAGAUCUUGGAGCGUACGCGAGUGGGAGGAAAUGUCUAAUGAAGCAAAAAGAACGAAUGAUGGAACCUCAGGCCCAGAGCGCUUAAGUUCUCCUCUUCCUGUGUAAUAAUUGUAAAAUAAAUGUACGUUUAACCAA